AUGACUGACUUCACUCCCACCAACGAAAGCUCUGCUAACAAAAGCUGUGAUUGCUGCCACACUGUAUUUUCCAGUUCAGUUAAGUUUUAUUACCUAAAGGGCCCUUGGGGAACGAGCUGUACCUGUUGUCCUGCUUGCACCCAGCACUAUCAGAGAAAGUGCCGUCCUGAUGAGCGAGCUGAUGAAGUUGAAAUUGACCUAUCGGGCACAGUUGACUUCACAGCCACUGCGGCCCCUUUCCAACAACGUGGUCCAGAUCGGAAUGAGCAGCAAGUGCUUGUCCGUGCAUCUUCAUCCGCACAACGUGGCGUGCAAUCUCUACCUAGGCAAAGGCUAGGCCCAACUUUCCUCCCUGGUCCUCAUGCUAUCCCUUCCAAUUCAGCUGCGGCUGGUGUCAGGCAGUCAGUAUUGCGCAAUACAUCAGUUGGAUACACCCCCAAUCACUCCUUGCACUCCCAACACCGUUCCAAAAUGAUUGCAGCGACAACGGCACCACAAUGUCACGUAACUAUCACCGUAGCUCUACAUCACUUAAAGGAAGAGGGGAAAUCCGGAACAGAAUUGGUAGGGAACAUCGAACGCGAUAUCAAUGUACCUCUCACCAUCACAUGCUUCCAGCUGCGCGCCAAAGUUAUCACCGUGCUUGAACGCUCAUGGAACACCUGGUCAGGCAACCACAUUCUCAACCUCAAUAGCCUCGAAAUGCAUAAGGCGCCAAAGCUGCUGCUUCACGAUCCUACCAAUCCGGAUGUUGAUGGCGAUCAAUCAGUUCUAUAUGACCUCUUCUUCAGCCCUACUAAUAAAGACCCCACCCCAAAAUUCAACUCUAACAGGAAGGUGACGAUAUUGUUGCUCAUGUCCUAUGCGCAGUUCAAGGAUAUUCUCAGGUGGAAAGAAGCGAUCAAGCGUGGUAUUGCCCCUGACAACUUCAACAAUGACAUUGAUGAAGAUGAGGACUCUGACAGUCCUAUGUCAAGGAUUUUUCGCACAGUCACUAUGCGCAGUAAGCGAAGUCAAAGGCAGCGGAAGUCUCGAGUUGAAGACGUUGAAGAUGCAAGAACCAAGGAUGAAAUCAGUAAGGAACGUGUUGCAGAAGUCAAACAUGUGACGCACCCUAAGAAACUGUCACGACUUGAACCAGAAGCGCUAGUCUGA